AUGGCAUUCUCUGAGGACACCAAGGAGCGACUGGUCAAGGUCGUCGACAUCACCAAGACGGUGCUGCACUACGGAUGGGUUCCGUUCGUCCUCUACGUCGGCUUCACCCGAAGCACGCCCCAGCCCAGCCUGAUCAAGCUCAUCAGCCCGCUGGCGUAA